AUGGUGAAGAAGAGCGUUGCGAAGACACCGGCGUCGGGCUCUGCCUCUAAGUCUACUGCAAAAACACCGUCAAAAUCAAGAAAGACAGAAACAGAAUACUUUGACGAUGUUUUUCUUGCACGUCCAUCCGCAACUAGACCGAUAACCGUUGACGUACGUCUUCGUACUAGCAAACCCGCAAUACGACCGGGGCCAGACAAACGAGUGUAUCGAAAGUUUGUGAUCAAGCCCGAUCCCGAUUCCAACAACUCUACAGGUAAACAGAAGGAAGUUGAACAAGGCUCAGAAUUGGAGGCAUUCAAGACUCUCCUGCAGCUUUGUACCACGCUCGACACCCCGUCAGCCGACCUACUUGCGACAGCACUUGGCCAAGAGCCCGAGGAUCGAGAGUGCAUAUCUCUUCCCGACAUAGAUGACGCGAAUGCGGACGAUGCGGACGAUGCAGACAGUGCGACCGAUGAACAAAGUGGCUGGUCAUGCCACAACGGCCUUGACCUUGCUGCUCCUCCCCUGUCAGACAUCCAUGAAAUAUUCCGCUCUCUAGUCAAGACUGGUAAGAAACACGGUCUCCUGGACGCCAUAGCGCCAUUCGUGGACCAAAGCCUACGAGUUUUCACCAUGUGCUCUGGUACCGAAAGCCCCAUUAUCGCCCUCAACCUUAUUCAGCAGGCACUGGAGUUUGAUGGGCCGGACCCCUUCCACCACCAACACCUGGCAAGUGCGGAGAUCGAGCCGCAAAAGCAGGCGUUCAUCGAGAGAAACUUCCGCCCUCCUAUCCUCUUCCGCGACGUGACCGAAUUCGACGCCUACGCCAAAAACAUGGACAAAGAGGAGUGCAGACCAUACACCGCAUAUGGCAGGCGUGCAGACCCCCCCAAAGGAGUUCAUCUGUUGAUUGCUGGCUCGUCCUGUGUGGAUUAUUCGCUGUUGAACAACAAGAGGAAUGUCAAGGAUGGCGAAUCGGCCACAACCUUCCAAGGUGUUGCCGCUUACGCAAAGGCUCACAAACCUAACAUGGUCAUCUUGGAAAAUGUCGGCACUGCUCCAUGGGACGAAAUGCUGGAAUCCUGGGAGGAUUACUGUGGCAUGGCAGUGCUGGUGAACUCUCUCAACUACUAUGUGCCGCAGACCCGGAAUCGAGGUUACUGUCUGCUGAUCCAGAAGGACCAUGCUGAGAGUGUCGGGCUCGACCUGGAGGAAGCCGACAAAGAGUUUAUCCGCUGCAUGGCACUCUUCCAGCGUCGGGCAUCAUCACCCUACACUGACUUCAUUCUGAAAGAGGAUGAUGCCCGCCUUCAAUUGGCAAAGACCAAUCCCAAUGACUUUAACGUCCGAGACCAGUUGCGGGACUGGGUUCAGUGUCGGAAGCGACACUUGAAUGUGCGUGGGCAGCUGCAGCUGGGAUUGUUGACUCCUUAUACCAGACGGCAGAACCACGCUCAGUGCAAACUGGACGAUGGUGCCUGGCAGCGCUGGGCCCUCACUCAGGCGGAAAGAGUGCACGACACGCUCGACAUCAAUCAACUCCGAUACGUGUCCGAGCGAGAUUAUGAUAUGCGAUUCAAGUACCGAAAUUUCAAUUUCUCGCAGAAUGUCGACCGCGACGAGGAUAGCCGGCAGUGGGGAGUGGUCGGAUGCAUCACACCCAAAGGCGGCCUCUUCCAUACCGCCCGCGGAGGUCCCCUGGCUGGUCUGGAGGUCUUCGCACUACAAGGGAUGCCCAUUGAGGAUCUGAACUUGAACAAAGAUACGUCGAGGGAGCUACAAGAUCUGGCGGGAAAUGCCAUGACCACCACUGUCAUCGGCGCCGCCAUCAUGAGUGCCCUCAUUGCGUGUCACAGGGCGACGAACCCCCAAGAUGGCUCUGACUCUGGCCGGCCAACAAGCCUCUUUGAUAAGUAUACAGACGAAUUCGGGAGCGGAGGAGCGGACAAAGACAGUGCUAGUGCCAGUGCUUUGACCCGUCAAUUGAUGGGCGAAGAGGAACUGAUCACCCAGCUCCACAAAUUCCCUCUCCAGAGCGCGAACAGCAACUUCUCCUUUGAUGGCAUUCCCCCCAUUGAGGAUCUCAUCGUGGGCGCACUGGCAUCUCAGCCACUGUGCCGCUGUGAAGGCCUGGGCCAGCAUGCGACGGACCUAAAGAUCUGCCCGUGGUGUUUCUACACCACCUGCAGAUCAUGCAGUCGCGACCCGCACCAGGGCCUACAAGAACUGUCGGUGCAGCCAACGGCUCGUCGUUCACUACGAAGCUUUAUUGAAACCAUGGUUCAGUCACUUCCUCCAAUCCUGAUGUUGCAAGGAUACUCUACCGGUGACACCAGACCGACAGUGAUCACGAGCGCCAUCCAGGACCCUCUGUAUUUCCAGGGAGUCAAGUUCGACGGUUCUGGUUCUUGGAAGGCCACUUUCGAGUCAGACCACGCGGUGCUGCAACUUGACUUCAUGCCCGCCUACUCCCCACCCUCCGCGGCCGCGACGAAUGAGUUGGAGGCUUCUGACUACUUCUCCGUCGAGCCUACCUGGCUCCUCUUCAAGAAGGUUCCCAAGACAGCGCCGGCGGAAAGCCCACGUCGAGCUCUUCUGCGACACCCAGUGGCUAGAAUGCGCCCGACCAAUCACUUGAUGUCAGGGCUCUGGAUGCUGUGGGACGGCGCCAACAAGCCUCAGAAGGUACAGAUCUCCGGCCACGGCAUCAAAGUGCCGGCAUGGGAACAGAACAUUGGACUGAAAGCAUCCCCAUUCAACAAGUUGAGUGUGUUUCCAGAGCUAGAGAUCCAAAUUGCUCCCGGUCUGGACGGCGAUGAAGCUCUGAAGAUGCAACAGAUCACUGGCCGGUACGAAGUGCUCCAGAAUUGUCCAGCAGCCAGUGGAACAUUGCACAGACAGAUUGUGGCGUCUCAGCCUGACGCCAGCCCCUUAUUUCUCUUCUUGGAUGCCCAGCCCCUAGGAGACGCUCACCUGGAUCGGAUGGUGUUUGCUACGCAGCCCCCUCGCGGCAAUUUGCUCGACGAACGCACCAUUCUGGCCAAACUCCCCGCCUCAUGGCGACCGGCGUUGUUGACAGACUCUCCGCAGGGCGACGUGGUUGGUUGCGAGCUGCUCAGCCGAUGGACCAAAUGCCCCGGGUUGCAACUCGCCGUGCCGGACGAGGGACGCCAGAUCCGCAAGUGGUAUCAGACAACCGACUUUGGCGCCGUGUCAGAUCCUUCCUGCCGCAACACUCCUUCCACUCUCCUGGCCCUCGAGCUCCGGUUGAAUCGGGACCAGCAGACCAGAUUCCCGCCGGGCCGGGUCAUCGACAUCGCCCUCGAAAACAAGCCCGACGCCUUGCACGGUUUUGGUUGGAUCUUGUCUCACGCCUCGAAGGUUCCCCAUUUAGAUGCAGGCUGGCAGCCAGGGCCGAUGCCGGUGCCGGAUACUCAGGCUUCACCUUCACCUUGCCGCGAAUGCCUGCCCGAACCACCCAAACUCCGGUGGCUCAUGAAAGCCGUGGGCAAGAGAAACAUUAUCAAGCCCUUUGAGGACCCGGAAGAAGCAGCCGUGUACGAAGAUGCAUUGAAGCAUCGGCCGAAGCCGGCGAUGGCCACGAUGCAUUGCCAUGGAGAAAAGGCCUUGUUGGACAUCAAGGUCAAUCUCUCAACCUUGAUCCAUCGCGCACAGACUCAAUUCUAUUCCAGGACUGGCUCCUUCACCCAGGGGCUGGCCUCCAGCUGGCGGUUGGCACGCCAUGCCCCCUUCGCAGCUCCCCCGGCAUUUGGUCCGUUGCAGCUGCUCUCAAAUGCUUCGGAAUCGCCCAUAGCGACCACGACGAUCCGGGGCCGCACUCUCUGGAUCUCACAGCGCAAGACUCUGGCUUGGAUGCAGAAACAAGAGCAGCAGCCGCCGGUUUGGCAGGAAAUGGCGCUGGUCGAGUCUUGCUUGCCUGCGCUGGGAUGGCGUCUCGAAGCUCAAGCAACCGUCGACACGCUCGUGCGAGGCGGGAUCAUCGCAGACGACGUCGGCGCCGGCAAAACCACUACGUCGUUGUGCUUGGUAGACUUGGAUUACCAGAACCAGAGCGGCGCUUCACCCAGCUCCAGCUCGUUGUCGUCCAUUCCAGCAACCGACUCCUCACGUACCCAAUCUAGAGCGUCUCUCGUUCUCAUGCCACGAAACAUCCUCAAACAAUGGCAGACGGAAACCGACGCGUGCCUAGGCUGGAAGCAGUUCAAGCCCAACCUCGGAACCACCACCUCCAUCCCUCAACCACCUUACUACUUGGUCGUUGGGUCCGUCAAAGACGUGCUCCAGUUCUCAUCGUCGGCCAUCGAGUCAGCUUCUCUCAUCCUGGCGCCCUGGGACCUGUUCGAAGAUGACAAGUAUUGGAAUCUUCUCCGCAAGAGCGCCUGUGCCCCGAACACGCCCACUGAUCCUGGCCGCGCCUUCUCAGAAUGGCUUGAAACCGCGCUCCAAACCUUCGGAGAUGCAAAACAAGCAUCGCAAGGCGACAACACCCGAUUCUGGAGCAGAUGGGACCAGAUCAGAGCCUCAAGCCUCAGCUACGACCGCUUCCAGGGGUUCAAGACUCGGGCAAGCAGUAAAGCAGAGCGUGCCGAGAAAGCAAAGACUACCAAGGCUGCAAAGGCUGCUGCUGCUGCUACUGCUACUACUGCCACUGCUGGUACUGCUUCUACAGCUACUGCUGGUACUGCUUCUACUGCUACUGCUGGUACUGCUUCUACUGCUACUGCCUCUGCUGGUACUGCCUCUACUGCUACUGCCUCUACUGCUACUGCUUCUACUGCUACUGCUUCUACUGCUACUGCUUCUACUGCUACUGCUUCUACUGCUACUGCUGCCACUGCUCUUGGCCAGAUCGAAACUGGAGGACCAUCAAAGACUGCCGGACACAAGAGAAAGCGAGCGGAAUCUGAAUCAUCCGACAAGACAAAAGUCGACAAAAUGGAUGUAGACGCUGCUCCUCUGGCCGACGAUCCUUUUGAGAAAGAGCUAGAUGACUUCCGAGCGCAGUCCAGCAUUCCCAGUCUCCUCCAUAUGUUCUCCUUCCGCAGAAUCAUCGUGGACGAGUUCACCUACAUCUCAGGCAGGACCUUGAUGGCUCUCCUCAAGAUGGAGGCGGGAUCGAAAUGGUUGCUUUCUGGCACUCCUCCCAUCCACAACUACGACAGCGUCAACACCAUGGCCAAACUGUUGGGCACACGCAUCUCGACCUACGACGAGGCAGGCGGCAAGUUUGGGUUCGGCAAAGACGGCUCCAAGAUGGUCAGAGACCGAUCAGACGCCCAGGAGUUCCAGUCCUACCAGAAUCUGGUGUCUGCCGCAUAUGUCGGGACGUUGUAUGACCAUGCCACCGCCUUCUCCGCCAUGUUCAUCCGCAAGAACCAAGCCGAUGGUAAACUGCCCAAGAAAGACGAGAAGUGUUGCCUGUUCGACCUCAGCCCCUCGGAGAUGGUCACGUACAUGGACAUCGACCAGAUGAUAGAGGAACAGGACCUCAACUUCGGCCGAAAGGCCAAGCGAGCGACCACCAGCAGAGCCAAAGGCAAGGGCAAGGUCAACGGCAAGGGCAAACAAAAGGCCGAUGAAGAUGAAGAUGAAGAUGAGGAUGAGGACGAGGUCGAGGUCGGCGAUGAUGCAAUCGAGGCGGUUGAAGACCGAAUGAAGACGGCAGUGGAGCAGAAGAGCGGGCCAGAUCACGCACGCCUGUGUCCAGCACCAAUUCUUGCCCAGAUGUUGGCAGACGCUCCUCCCGAUCAGAUAAAAACCGAGGGCCAGGUCCUGCACUACCUGGUCAGCGCGAAGGAGGAGCUGCUGGUGGCCAGGGCCGCAGAGCUGCAGCGGCGCCUGCGGGAGCUGUGGCACUGCGCCAUCAAGAACCCAGAGGCCGCCGCGCUCAACGCGCCGUUUGUCCACCUCAUGCACGACGUCAAGAAUGCCGCCCUGCCCGACGUAGACGUCCUGCCAAUCGUCGACCGUCUGCUCUGGCAUGCCAAAGCCAACCCGGCGCCUCUGUCGUUGGACAAGGCGCCAGCAGCGAAGAAGGCGAAGGUGGAGGCCGCCGCCCUGAAGGGUAACAAGCUUCAGAGCGCGAUGAACGCCCGGACCGCCAGGGUCCACUCCCUGAUCGAGGAGUUGGCGCGCGGCUUCUGUCGCCUUCGUCUGUUGCGGCUGGUUUUGGCGUUGGUGAUGGAGGAGGAGGAGGACGGGCCGGUUGGGUUCUGUUCGGUCUGCGGCGAUGCCGCACUGGCCUCAGACAGCCAGGGUUUGGAGAUCUCGGUGCAAUGUGGCCACAUUGUGUCGUGCCCGCGGUGUCCGGCGAUGCCGGCAGCGGAGGAGGAGGCGGAGGAGGAGGCGGAGGAGGAGGAGAGGGAGAAGUGGUGCUGCGGCAACUUCUCCCCUGACCAGGUCAAGCGGGCCAGCCAACUGGUGGCAGGCGGCGCGUGGGGGGCCCGAGGAGGCCAGGGCUCGCGGGUGGAGCGGGCCAUGUCAAUCAUCGCGGGGUUCUCGGCCGCCGACGAGUUCGGACUGGUAUUCGUCCAGUUCGAAGAAGACCGGGCCGCCUUUGUCGAGGCGUGCCGGGCGGCCGGGACCGGGGUGAUUGACGGCUUCCGCGGGACCACCCCGACGGCCGUGGGCAGGUUCCAGAAGGGGCAAGCGCGUGUCUUGGUGCUCAAGACCGACAGCGCCGACGCCGCCGGAUGGAACCUGCACAUGGCCAGCCACGUGCUGUUCUUGUCGCCGUUGGUGGCAGGGUCGAGGGAGGAGAGGGACGCCACCCUCGAACAGGCGGUUGGUCGCUCCCGGCGCCCACGUCAACAGAAGGUGGUACAUGUGUACCACCUGGCGGCCCGGGACACCGUCGAGGAGGAGAUGGUGGCGUCUCUGGGUUUGUGA